GCUUCGCGUCUUUGACCUCUCUUUCAAUGAAUUCACAGGGGAUUUGCCCGCAAGCUUUUUCAAUAAUUUUAAAGCCAUGAUAAAAGUGGAUGGACAAAGUAUACAACAACAAAUUUACCUAAAUCGUAUCAAUUACUACCAAGAUUCUUUGGUGGUAAGGUUGAAGGGCCAAGAGCGUGAAAUUGUUAAAAUACUAAUCAUGUUUACUGCCAUUGAUCUCUCAAGUAACAAAUUUGAAGGCCAUAUUCCAAAUAGCAUUGGAGAUCUUCUUGCACUACGUGAAUUAAAUUUAUCACAUAACACGUUCACCAGCCUCAUCCCAACGUCUCUUGGAAAUUUAUCUGUGCUUGAAUCCUUAGACCUUUCUUCAAAUCAAAUUGGCGGAGCAAUCCCUGGACAAUUGACAAGUAUUACAUCGCUUGAAGUGUUGAAUCUCUCACAUAAUAAGCUUGUGGGAUGCAUACCUCAAGGCCCACAAUUCAAUACAUUUGAAGCGAAUUCAUUCCAAGGAAAUGAUGGAUUGAAAGGAAAACCUUUGUCACAAGGUUGUGAGAAUGGCAUGGCACCGCAACUUCCUGCACCAAAUGAGCUCCACCAAGAAGAUGAUUCUAGUUUUUUGAGCGGAUUCACUGUAAAAGUUGGGGCAAUGGGGUAUGGUUGUGGCAUUCUUUUUGGAUUAUUCGUGGGAAGUCUCAUGCUCCUAACUGGAAAGCCAGAAUUCAUUACAAGUUUUGUUGAAGAAGAAGGAUACAAACUAGUAAUGAAGCUCAAACGAAGAAGAUCAAAGACGGGAAGAAGAAGAAGAAGAAACUAG